CCGGUGUAGCAGUCAGCUCUCAGCGAGGUUCCUGGCGCUGCUUCCAGGUUCCUCCGCGGCGGGGCGGGUCCGGGUGCUGGCGCCGAGAUGCGCCCCCUGCUCGGCCUCCUCCUGGUCUUCGCCGGCUGCACCUUCGCCCUGUACUGGCUGUCGACGCGACUGCCCCGCGAGUCGACACUGGGCACAGCCAAGGAGGCUGGAGACAGGUCAUUGUGGUUCCCCUCGGACCUGGCCGAGCUGCGGGAACUCUCUGAGGUCCUUCGAGAGUACCGGAAGGAGCAUCAGGCCUACGUGUUCCUGCUUUUCUGCAGCGCCUACCUCUACAAACAGGGCUUUGCCAUCCCUGGCUCCAGCUUCCUGAAUGUUUUAGCCGGUGCUUUGUUUGGGCCAUGGCUGGGGCUUCUCCUGUGCUGUCUGCUGACCUCGGUGGGUGCCACAUGCUGCUACCUGCUCUCCAGUGUUUUUGGCAAACAGCUGGUGGUCUCCUAUUUUCCUGACAGAGUGGCCCUGCUGCAGAGGAAGGUGGAGGAGAACAGAAACAGCUUGUUUUUUUUCUUACUGUUUUUGAGACUUUUCCCCAUGACGCCAAACUGGUUCUUGAACCUCUCGGCUCCAAUUCUGAACAUCCCCAUCGUGCAGUUUUUCUUCUCUGUUCUUAUCGGUUUGAUCCCAUAUAAUUUCAUCUGUGUGCAGACGGGCUCCAUCCUGUCAACCCUGACUUCUCUGGAUGCUCUUUUCUCCUGGGGAACUGCCUUUAAGCUGUUGGCCAUUGCCCUGCUGGCCUUAGUUCCUGGAACCCUCACUAAAAAAUUUAGUCAGAAGGACCUACAUUUGAAUGAAACAAGCAACGCUCAUCAUCUAAAUAAUAGAAAGGACACCUGAUCUGGAUCCUUUGGUUGCCGUGUCCCUGGACUCUACUGUUUAUUUGUGUAAUGGGCGUGGUCCUCUGAAGCCCCUCAUUGUUUUUAAAUUAUUCUCAACAGGCGAUUUGGACACUAUUCUUCUGUGUGCAUUGUCUCGUCAUGAAGGACACUCUGUGCUCUAGAAGGUGAAUUAUAUCAGGUUCUCAAACCAGCCCUGAUUUAGCAGGACACUCUGCAAAACGGAUGGCCUCCUAGCAAAUCCUGUUUGUAUUUUACUGAAUAACAAGGAACUCAGGCCAAGCCUUGAGCUGCUUCGGGAGAGGAUGCUGAUUGCCCUUGUCCAGGGCGCCUCUUCUGCACAGUGAUCAGCUGUUGUGACAGGUGUUAUCCUUUUACAUCCCUUGUGGACAUGAUUAGUGUAAAUAAUGACAUGUGGACCCACAUCACUGACACUACUCUUCAUCUUGUUAAUCUCCUGAAGAGUGAUCCUUCUGCACUGCUUUGCCGAUGACCUACCUCUUCCAUAAAUCAGAGGAGACAAGCUGACAAACUGCAUAGAAUUUCCAUGUACAGCUCAAAAGCACAGUGAUUGCUGUGAUGCUCUUUGUGUUCAGACGCACUGAUGUUACCACAUAUGUCACAUCUCCUCCUGGUUGCAUGUCCUGACAAUUCAGCUGAUUGCAAACAGACUAUUGAAUAUCAAUGGAGC